AUGCAAUAUUUGUUUCUUAUUAGUCUUUUAUUUUCUCCCAUUUCAAGUGUUUUCAGAUGUGAGUUUAUUGAUUUUUUUUUUUCAAAAAUCCGACUGAAAUUAAAAAAAUCUAACAAUUUUUGAGCAAAAAAUCUACAAAAAAAGUGUUUUUUUCAGAAAAAAAAAACAUUAUGAAAAAACUGUCUCUGCUUCUCUGUGUCUCCACACACAGAGCCACUAUCCGCAGUCCCGUUUGAAUGUCGGUUAGUGUGUUUAUUGGAAAAUGGGAAAGCGGAUGGUUUCUUCGCCAUGUUACUCAAAGUAAAUUGGACUUCCGACCAUUCGCAAGAAUGGUUGGGUAAAAAUUCAAGUUGACAACUUGAAUUUUUGGAUUAAAGCUUCUCCGGGGUAUCCGUAGGAGCAAUAGAAAUUGAAUCAACAGAAUGUAUUCGUCAUUCAUUAAUUUCCAGCUAACUUCAAUAGAAAACUUUUUUUAUUCCAGCAGGAUGUUUUUACAUCGUUCAACAUGAUUCAAUUCCCUCGAAAAAAUUAGGAUUGUUCAAAAAAUGUCUGAAUGAACAAAUUCGUCGAAAAUCCAUUGAUGUCGCACUGAAUGGAUGCUUCAACUUCAACACAAGUUUAUCAGAAAUCGAAAGCAGAGCCAUCAAAUGCGCAAUAUUUUCCCUAAAAGACACACACUUCGAAAAAAGUAUUUUAUGGGAGACUUAUGAAAAAUGUAGAACAUUUGCAAGAAAAACUAUAAUGAGUCAUUUUUCAGAGGAAUUGAUCAAAAAGCACGUAAAAUAA